AUGGUCCCACGAGGGCGAAUUACUCUACCUGUCGAGAUGUGGUCAGCCCCCCUAGUGGCCCACCACUUCAUGAAGUUCCUGGUCGUGGACCACAAAUUAGCUUACUAUAGAGUAUUGGGCCGACCUGCCUUAAAAGAUUUUUGGGUAGUUACAUCCAUCCAUUACUUGUGUAUGAAGUUCCCAACUGAACAUGGGAUUGCCACAGUUCGAGGCGACCAAAUGGGCACAAGGGUAUGUUAUCUCAACUUUCUACGAAAAUUCGAGCCCCGCACUGUUAAUGUCAUUAUAACAGAGGCCGACAACGAAGCCGACAUGGACAUAGAGAUGCUUGACGUCUCUGAACAAGGGCAUACCUCCAAACAAGAGGAAGACGUUGAUAUGGUAGAGGCCCCUGAAGAAGGGCACCCUCUUGAUGAGUUGGACCCUCGAAUUAUCGAGUCUAAACCAAAUACGACCCUGAUAGAAGAACCCACUACCCCCCGAAGUGAAAGAAGAAGUGAUGAACUUCCUGAAAAGAAACCUGGAUGUCUUCGCCUGGAAGCACGAAGAUAUGAUGGGAAUAGACCCAAGGAUCAGUUGUCACCCCUUAACAUCAACUCUUCUUACGUCCCACAUCGGCAGAAAAGGCGAGCCCUAAAUUCAGAGCGAUAUAAGGCAUGUCCCAAGGACAGCUUCCCUCUUCCAAGGAUAGACCAACUGGUGGACUCCACUGUUGGACAUGAACUCUUAAGCUUCAUGGAUGCAUACUCAGGGUACAACCAGAUACCCAUGUUCGGACCUGAUGAGGAAUCCACAUCGUUCAUCACAGAUAGAGGAUUGUAUUACUAUAAGAUGAUGCCCUUCAAAUUGAAAAAUACCAGAGCUACCUACCAAAUGCUGGUCAAUAUGAUGCUUACUGAGCUCAUUGACAAAAGCAUGGAGGUCUACGUGGACGACAUGCUAAUUAAAAGCCUCCAGGCGAAAGAACAUGUGAGUCACCUCGACGAGGCAUUUUAG